AUGUUCAAGAACUGCCUGGAGUAUAAUGGAGAGACAAGCAGUAAGACUCUGACAAUGGUUUUGCUCAUUUUUUAAUGUAGCUCAAUAAUGAGGCUUCAAGAUGGCAGAUAUUUUGACUUUAGAGUAAAUUUACUCGAAAACGACAUCGGUGACCCGCAAUUAGUAUACUCAAUUAUCUUGACAAUUUUAAAAUAAUUCUGUUGAACAAAAAACUUAUUAUGAAUAAUCACAUUUAUGUAAUUUGAAAAGAAUUGGCUUGACAGAAAUGUUUUAAAAUUGUCAAAAUAAUUGAGUAUAUUAAGAUAAUCAUUUUAUGAAAUAAAAUAUGGGCUCACCGAUGUCGUUUACGAGUUAAAUUACUUUAAAGCCAAAAUAUCCGCCAUUAUUAAAACGUCAUUGUUGCCAUAGCUACGGCAGUCGCGUAACUCUUGUGAAAAAUUUCAAACUCUUUGGAUGUUUUACAUAAGAGAGCUUAAAAGCUUAAGUAAACGACUUUUCUGUGAUAACACAGAUGUCGCGUGUAAAUAAUUUAGCCGUUAAUUAUGGCAGUUCGUUCUUGAAAUUCAAUGUGGUUUCACGUUCGUGGUUUCAAACAAGAACGGCUGUCGCCAUGUAUAUAUUUUCGAUUGACUACAGUUUAUAGACGUUUGGUUGGCGUUCGUAUAUAAAAUAUAUAAAACGUCGCUUUAUAUAACGUGGUUAAUGUAUAUUUUUGCUCCAUUCAAGGUUAUACUCAGAUGGCUCGAACAUUGGAGAAUGUAUUUGAACGCCAGAUGAAGAAACACUUUCCUGAUGACGACAAUCAAUCCAGUGACGAUGACUUUGAAGAAGAGCUUACGGAAUCUGAGCUCCGUAAACUAAACAAAAAGAAAACAAACGACGGAAUGGAAGAUUUGGUGAAGGCUGCAGACAUUCAUCGCUCGAAUCAAACGAUGUUUGACCCUCGGCUUAAAAAUCCUGCCUUGUUCGCCCAACAUUUUGGCAUGAACCCAAUGGCGAAUGAUGUAUCCCGCAUUAUGCAAGAUCCUAUGGCGUUCCAACGAAUGCCUUACAUGCGCCAGCCGUUUUAUCCUCCUCAGAUGUAUCCUGGUCACCCGGCUUUUGCAAGGUUUAAUAUGAAUGAUUUUCCACGUGGAGCUGCUCCUAUGUUUUCUCCCAUGAUGGGUUUGCGCCAUCCCGCCAUGCGCAUGAACCCACAAAGUACUGCUCAGUUUCCUAAUCAGAAUGUCCCUCCUGGAAUGGUGCGCAAUGUAGCACCUGUGGCUACCAAGGGUAUGUUGAAGCUGUUUCUAGUUACAUGGGAGGCAAUGGGGCGCAAGUACUUACAAAACAUAACGUCCAUUAACACUUGCUUUCCCUAACUCUGGUGACAAAGAACUAUGUAUUCCACUUUUUAUGUUGGGAGGACGGGGGGAGUAAUACACAAAAUGAAUAGGCAAUUCCAGCUUUUGACUAAAUUUUGAUCUAGGCAAGAAGAACAAAAUCCAUCGCCACAGCUAGAAAGCGCAUGUUAAAAUUAGUAAAAUUGCAAAGUUUGGUUGCGAAAUGUUAUAAAAUGAGGAAAAUAUAGCCCUGUGAAGUUCGCAAAUUUUGUAUAGAUUAUAUUACGCGCGGUAAAAAUAACCACUUUCGGCUCAAAAAUGGUUAUUCCUCACGUUAUUUGUCUUUCUAUAGCUGGAAUUGCCUAUUGA